AUGAAUCUUCAAACCCUGAUUUAUAAAUCUCACAUUCCGAAUCAAAUCCCUAAAAUGAAUCUGAAUUUCUCUUCCACACGUCUCCAAAAUUGUCAGGUAACGCCAUUGAACCGAAUCUGCAAACACCGCAAGCAAAUAAUUACUGCUUGUUUAAAGCAAAAGAUUCCAGUGAAACUAGAGAACUUGAAUCCGGAUUCAUGCAUCAGCGAUGAACAACAAGUAAAAGCGGUAACACUUGGAGAAGAAAUCCCAGUGGUAAAUUCUAAUGGUAAAGAAGAAUUCUCUGGCAAUGAAAGCAUUUGGGAUCAAAUGGUGGAGAUUGUAAAGUUUUCAGGGCCAACAGUUGGUUUGUGGUUAUGUGGACCUUUGAUGAGUCUCAUUGACACUGCAGUUGUCGGUCAAGGAAGUUCUAUUGAACUUGCUGCUCUAGGUCCAGGAACAGUGUUUUGUGAUAACACAAGUUAUGUUUUUAUGUUCCUUUCAAUUGCCACUUCAAAUUUAGUAGCUACUGCAUUGGCCAAGCAGGAUAAGGACGGAGUGCAACACCAGAUAUCUAUACUGCUCUUCAUUGGGUUGGCCUGUGGUGUUGUGAUGUUAAUCUUUACAAGAUUGUUUGGUACUUGGGGCAUUACUGCUUUCACAGGGGCACACAAUACGGAAAUAACAAAUGCAGCAAAUACUUAUGUCCAGAUUCGAGGAUUGGCAUGGCCUGCAAUGCUUGUUGGUUGGGUUGCCCAAAGUGCAAGUUUAGGCAUAAAAGACUCAUGGGGACCUUUAAAGGCUUUGGCAGUUGCUACUGCUAUUAAUGGCAUUGGCGACAUAGUCUUAUGCAGAUUCUUUAAUUAUGGUAUUGCUGGAGCAGCAUGGGCAACGAUGGUGUCCCAAGUUGUUGCAGCUUAUAUGAUGAUUGCAGCUCUGAGCAAAAAUGGGUAUAAUGGUUUUGCCUUAUCUGUCCCAUCAUUGGAUGAACUUCUACAGAUUUUCAUGCUUGCAGCACCUGUGUUCCUAACAAUGAUGUCAAAGGUGGCAUUCUACUCUCUACUUGUCUACUAUGCUACAUCAAUGGGCACAUACACUGCUGCUGCACAUCAGGUCACACGACAACUGUACUGCAUAUUUACAGUAUGCAUUGAGCCGCUCUCUCAAACAGCGCAGUCAUUUAUGCCUGAAUUGUUACAUGGAGUGAAUCGGAACUUGUUGAAGGCCCGGAUGCUGUUGAAAUCGCUUUUGAUUAUUGGAGCAUUAAAUGGAUUAAUAAUGGGAACUGCUGGAGUGUUAAUGUCAUUGUUUUUCUCCAAAAUAUUUUCAACUGAUCCUUUGGUCAUACAAGAGAUGCAUAAUGUACUGCUGCCAUUAUUUCUAGCUCUCUUGGUAGCUCCGUCUGUUCUUUGUCUUGAAGGAACCUUGUUGGCUGGAAGAGACUUAAAAUUUUUGAGCAUAUCAAUGACCUCCAUAUUUGGUUUGGCUUCUCUUCUCGUCUUGCUCUUCAGCAGUAAAGGAUUUGGUUUGUCGGGGUGCUGGUUUGCACUAGUAGCUUUUCAAUGGACACGAUUUUUGGUAGCUCUACGGCGACUCACGAUGGUGGAUGGCAUGCUUUAUUUGGAAGGCUCAGUUCAUGAUGAGUUUCAAAAGUUGAAAGUUUCAUAG